GUCUGUGAAUAGUAAACUUCACGACUUUCAGAUUUUCAUCACGUCCUUUUGAACAUAUUUACUCUUUCGUCCUUCUAUGUUUUCACCAUUUUACUUCCCAAUCCAAAAUCCCACCGCCAUCACUUUUCAAAUUCUUUGGACUCUUUUCUUCGACUCCGACUCUUUUGGUUUGAGUUUCCGACAACAUCCCAUCCAAGAAUUAGUAUUUCGCUGUCUGUGGUCAACAACCGUCUGCAUUUUAUUACUGCCACCAAAAUGUUCGCCACCAACCGCCUGUGCUCUGUUGCUAUUUGGUUUGCAUGCCGUUACCAAAAAUCGAUGCAUUACCACUUGGCUAUACUCCAUAUGGCCUGGGGAUUGGGAGAUGGUUUGCUCUGUUGGUGUUUUCGAUGCCCUCUCCACUGCCAUCAGAUUGUUUUUGGUUGUUAUCGAAGAAAUCAUAAAUUGA